UGCAAUUGUAAACACGAAGAAGAAAAUCGGAAGCGGAAAGACGUCACUGACAGAAGGACGGAGCUGUUUGGUUCAGGGUGUUGAGCUAGCUCAGGAAAGAUGCUGACCAAUAUCUCUAACCUGCUGAGGGCUUGUGCUCAGAGAAAUGGAGCUGCGGCGGUCGUAUCAGCACGCACAUACGCCGACUUCACAACUGAGGCUACCUUUGAAAUAAAGAAAUGUGACAUCCACAAGCUGGAUGAGGCUCCGGCCACUCAAGUGGUUAUGACUCGGGAUGAGGGUCUGAAGUACUACCGCGUCAUGCAGACCAUAAGGCGUAUGGAGCUCAAAGCAGAUCAGCUGUACAAGCAGAAGAUCAUCAGAGGAUUCUGCCACCUGUAUGACGGCCAGGAAGCCUGUGCAGUUGGUAUUGAAGCAGGAAUUAACUUGACGGAUCACCUGAUUACUGCGUACCGCGCCCACGGUUACACCUACACCAGAGGAGGGACGGUGAAGGAGAUCAUGGCUGAACUCACUGGCAGAAGAGGUGGAAUUGCAAAGGGAAAAGGAGGCUCAAUGCACAUGUACACAAAAAACUUCUAUGGAGGAAAUGGAAUUGUUGGAGCUCAGGUUCCUCUGGGGGCUGGUGUGGCUCUGGCCUGCCAGUAUCAGGGCAACAAUGAGCUGUCAGUCAGUCUCUAUGGUGACGGUGCAGCCAACCAGGGUCAGAUUUUUGAAACCUACAACAUGGCAGCACUUUGGAAGCUCCCUGCCAUCUUCAUCUGUGAGAACAACAGGUAUGGCAUGGGCACAUCAGUGGAGAGAUCUGCAGCCAGCACAGACUACUACAAGAGAGGAGACUACAUUCCUGGACUCCGGGUGGACGGGAUGGAUGUUCUGUGUGUUCGGGAAGCUACCAAGUUUGCAGCGGAUCACUGCCGGGCCGGGAAGGGUCCCAUGCUCAUGGAGCUUCAGACCUACCGCUAUCACGGACACAGUAUGAGUGAUCCUGGUGUCAGCUACCGCACACGUGAGGAGAUCCAGGAGGUCCGUGGGAAGAGUGACCCCAUCUCCUUGUUGAAGGACCGCAUGCUCAGCAACAACAUGGCCAGCGUGGAGGAGCUCAAGGAGAUUGACGUGUCGGUGAGGAAGGAGAUCGAAGACGCUGCUCAGUUUGCCACCACGGAUCCUGAACCCCCACUGGAGGAACUGUGCAACCACAUCUUUCACAACGACGCCGACCUGGAGGUGCGCGGCACCAACCCGUGGACCAGGCUGAAGUCCGUUAGCUAAAGCUGCGGCGCCCCCCUUUUUUCAUCACGUCGUUCGACCAGUAAUAUACUAUCUGCUCCCCACAAAGAUACACAAGCAUCAUACAGUGUGCCAAAAACUAGUGCACCGGACCUCGAGCAGGAACCAUCAACAAGUACUUUUAUUUCAGGGCUGUACUGUGGGGCCACAUUCACAAAGAAUGUUCUGAAGAUAAAACAAAGACACUAAACUGGAUAAUUUUCAAAGUCUGCCCCAUAUUUAUUUAUAAUUUUAGAAAAAUAGCCAACCCACCACACUGUAUAGCUUUUGUUUGAUGUUUACUAAUUACAAUUACCAUCCCUGAUAUUAGUGGAUUUUAAGUCUUCACUUCAUGUAUGAAGUACUUGCAACAAAAGAUAAUGAUCAAUCAAAGUAAUUAUUUAAAUUUUAGUGGGAAAAUCAAUUCAUUACUUCAGCUUUUUUCAAGGAAUAUCGAUGCCUCUUAACUUAAGCAUCACAUCGGAAAGUUUUGUAAAUCUGGCCCCAAGACAGUAUAUUAAGUAGAUUUUAAAUUUGCUUGUUUGAUGGUUUUCUCUGGUCACUUUUGAGGUGGAAUGAAGCAAGGUGUCAAUUCAUCGCUUUUCAUUUCAUGAAGAGACUGACCUGAAAAAAACGGCUUUGUACUCUUUAGAAUGAAGUGUACAUGAUAAAUCAUUCACUUUGAGUUACCUAGUUCUUGUCAUUUUUUAUGUAACACCUUAUUACAAAGACACCAUGAAGGGAGCUGCUUCAUUACUUCAGUUACAAUCAACUUUCUCAAGAUGUCUCCAAAUUUUUUAUUUAAAAAUACUCUAAGCAAGGGUAGUGUUUCCACACCUGACAACAUCUGGCUUUUGUUAACAAAGUCAGAUGUUUUUCAACAUCUGACUUUGUCAUGUCAAACCAAAGGUGCCUGGAAGAUCUCGUGUUUGGAGGACGAACGUGUUCUUCUUCUCUUUGCGUCGCUCUCUGAGCAGCUGACAUCUGAAGCUCUUACUCAUUUCCUGAUGUAUUCAUGUCCUGUGUGUAAAUAGUUACACACAUGCUGAAACAUUAUUACCUGUAACAAAAAAAUGGUGGAUGUAAACAUGGCUUUUAGUCAGACCGCAUUCACCGAAGAGGCUUCACUACUCGCAUGAAGUUUCCAUAUCAAAGAGGGAUGUUGGGUCAAGUUUUGUGGGUUAAUUAACUGUCUGGGCUACUUUAAAGAUACUGAAUUUCAAUCUGUUUGUUUUUGUCAAGAACUUUGAACACAUUAUUGUUAAAAAAAAUAACUUUGCGGACAGCUAAAGCAGAAAAACAACAUCACUGUUAGCAGGAAGCUGCUAUGCUACUGUUAUAUCAUUAAUAUUCUUAAACAAUGUUUAUAACCCGGUAAAGGCAAGGCAGGUUAUUUUCUUUGUAAUGUGAAAAGUAUUUAGGUAAAUCAAAAGCUGGUCUAAAAUAUCUUCAUACAACUGAGAAUACGCACAGGGGAAGUAUUUGUUACAGUAAACUGUUACAUCGCUGCAGGCCGUCACUCCAUGGAAACAUUUAAUGUGCGUGUCCCUGUAAUAAAAGGACUGUAACAUACUGA